GACCCCAAAUGCCCAACUAUUCCUUACAUGGACUAAAAUAACAAAACCAGGGGGCCUCUUCGCAAUUCGCACCACCACCGCCCACGUCCAGAUCCACCCGGCCGUCGCCGUGGUCUUCCUCCUCCGCCCCGCCCCCCGACGGCGAGACCCCCCUUCCCAUCGGACUCCGUCGAGAAGAUCGUCGAGGACGCCGCCAUGGACCUCUCCCUCAACCCCUUCUCCUCCGGCACGCGCCUCCGGGACAUGAUACGCGCGAUACGCGCCUCCAAGACGGCCGCCGAGGAGCGCGCGGUGGUGCGGCGGGAGUGCGCGGCCAUCAGGGCCGCCAUCAGCGAGAACGACCAGGACUACCGGCACCGCAACAUGGCCAAGCUCAUGUUCAUCCACAUGCUCGGCUACCCCACGCAUUUCGGCCAGAUGGAGUGCCUCAAGCUCAUCGCCUCCUCGGGCUUCCCCGAGAAGCGCAUCGGCUACCUCGGCCUCACGCUGCUGCUCGACGAGCGGCAGGAGGUCCUCAUGCUCGUCACCAACUCCCUCAAGCAAGAUCUUAACCACUCCAACCAGUUCAUCGUGGGCCUUGCGCUCUGCGCCCUGGGGAACAUUUGCUCCGCUGAAAUGGCGCGCGACCUGGCGCCCGAGGUGGAGAGGCUGUUGCAAACUAGGGACCCAAACACGAAGAAGAAGGCUGCCUUGUGCUCUAUACGGAUUGUAAGAAAAGUUCCAGAUUUGGCAGAGAACUUCAUGGGUUCUGCUGCAUCAUUACUCAAGGAAAAACACCAUGGGGUUCUGAUUUCGGUUGUCCAGCUCUGUACAGAGCUCUGUAAAUCAAGCAGAGAAGCAUUGGAGUACUUGAGAAAGCACUCCGUCGAAGGGUUGGUCCGGAUACUGAGAGACGUGUCCAACAGUUCGUAUGCUCCUGAAUAUGACAUUGCUGGCAUCACAGAUCCAUUCUUGCACAUCCGAGUUCUUAGGCUCAUGCGGACAUUGGGUCAAGGGGAUGCAGACUGCAGCGAGUAUGUGAAUGAUAUUCUUGCCCAGGUUGCAACGAAAACAGAGUCAAACAAAAAUGCUGGAAACGCUAUUCUAUAUGAAUGUGUUGAGACCAUAAUGGGAAUUGAAGCUACUAGUGGUCUGCGUGUGCUGGCAAUUAAUAUUUUGGGUAGAUUCUUAUCCAACCGUGAUAACAAUAUAAGAUAUGUUGCUCUGAAUAUGCUAAUGAAGGCCAUGGCAGUGGACACACUAGCAGUGCAGAGGCACAGGGUAACAAUAUUGGAGUGUGUCAAGGAUGCAGAUGUCUCCAUUCGCAAAAGGGCCCUUGAACUUGUUUACCUACUCGUCAAUGACACGAAUGUGAAGCCUUUGACUAAGGAGCUUAUUGAUUACCUAGAAGUAAGUGAUGAUGACUUCAAGGAAGACCUCACAGCAAAAAUAUGCUCAAUAGUUGAAAAGUUUUCUCAAGAUAAGCUAUGGUACUUAGACCAGAUGUUCAAGGUUUUAACGCUGACUGGAAACUUUGUGAAGGAUGAUGUAUGGCAUGCUCUUAUAGUUCUGAUAAGCAAUGCGUCCGAACUUCAAGGAUACUCGGUUAGAUCAUUAUACAAAGCAUUGCAAGCAUGUGGUACACAGGAAAGCUUAGUUCGGGUAGCUGUUUGGUGCAUUGGUGAAUAUGGUGAGAUGCUGGUCAACAAUAUUAGUAUGCUGGAUGUGGAGGAACCAAUCACGGUAACAGAAUCUGAUGCUGUGGAUGCUCUAGAGCUAGCUCUUAAGCGCUACUCCGUGGAUGUUACAACACGGGCUAUGUGUCUCGUUGCUCUUUUGAAGCUUUCCUCACGAUUUCCGUCAACUUCAAAGAGGAUACAAGUAAUUGUUGUGCAGAAUAAAGGGAAUACUGUGCUUGAGCUGCAGCAAAGAUCAAUCGAAUUUAAUUCCAUUAUACAAAGGCAUCAGUCUAUAAAAUCAUCUUUGCUUGAGCGAAUGCCUGUAUUAGAUGAAGCUAGUUAUUUGGAGAAGAGAGCCGCUUCUUCACAAGCAACUGUUUCAUUAACUAAGCCUACUCCAUCCGCUGCUUCUGGAGGCUCGCUUAAGGUUCCAAAUGGUGCAGUGAAACCACCACCAGCUCCUUUGGCUGAUUUACUUGAUCUAAGUUCGGAUGAUGCUCCCGUGACUACUUCUGCUCCUAGUACAGCACCUAAUGAUUUCCUACAGGAUCUUUUGGGCAUUGGCUUGACUGAUACAUCUACUGCAGGUGGAGCGCCGUCUGCAAGUACAGAUAUUCUGAUGGAUCUUCUAUCUAUUGGAUCAUAUCCUGUACAAAAUGGUCCGCCGGCAACAUCAAACAUAAGCUCUCCUGGCCAAGCAGUGACUAAACAUGCUCCUGGAACACCUCAAGUUAUCGAUCUUCUCGAUGGUUUGUCCCCAAGUACACCACUUCCUGAUGUGAAUGCAGCUUACCCAUCAAUCACAGCUUUCCAGAGUGCAACUUUGAAGGUCACCUUCAAUUUUAAAAAGCAGCCUGGAAAGCCUCAAGAGACUACAAUGCAUGCCAGCUUUACAAAUUUGACAUCUGCUACAUUGACCAAUUUCAUGUUUCAGGCAGCUGUACCAAAGUUCAUCCAGUUGCGCUUGGACCCAGCAAGCAGCAGCACCCUUCCGGCCAGUGGAAAUGGUUCAAUUACGCAAAGCCUCAGUGUCACUAAUAAUCAACAUGGACAGAAACCACUUGCGAUGCGGAUCCGGAUUUCGUACAAAGUGAAUGGCGAGGACAGGCUGGAGCAAGGGCAGAUCAGCAAUUUCCCCGCGGGGUUGUAGUGUCACCACCUGUGUCUAUAAUGUUGUGAUAGUAGCUCUUUCACUUUUGAGUGUGCUGCUCUGCUUGCGAAGGCGAGUUUUCCUUUUCUAGCCCCCCCACCAUCAUUUCUUCCCCUUCUGUUGCUUGCCGAUUAGUAAGUUAUGUACACCACUAGCUGUCUUUUUUUGUUUUGCCAUUUGCCCUUUACAUAUACUGUAUAGUAGCUGGCAGUGAUUAAUGACACACACCUCCAGUUUUGCCAAAAUGUAUUCGUACAGAAGGUGUAUAUCAUUCACAGUCGGAGGAUAACCAAAAUUUUCGGCCUACUGCUCUCAUUCCAGGCAGCAGACCAGCGGCUUGUAUUUA